AUGUCGAGCCCCAAGGAAAUGUGGCAUGCGGCCAGGCACCCCCCGGCCGACCCAAAACACCUCUCCUUCAAGGGCAAGACGAUCCUGGUGACGGGCGCCAACUCGGGCCUGGGCCACGCAGCUGCCAUCAAGUACGCGGCCCAGGGCGCAUCCAAGCUCAUCCUCGGCGUGCGCACCCAGGAGAAGGGCGAGGACGCCAAAGCCGCCAUCAUCCGCGCCACGGGCUGCUCGCCCGAAAUCUUCAUCAUCCAGACGCUCGACCUGGCCAGCUUUGAGUCCCUCCAAGAGUUUGCCACCCGCGUAGAUGCCAGCGUCCCCGACCUGCACAUCCUCCAGCUCUCAGGCGGCGUCGCCAGCAUGGAGUUCGCCACCAGUCCCCAGGGCUACGUGGUCGACCUCCAGCUCGGCGCCUAUGCAUUCUCCCUCAUUGCGCUGCUGCUGCUGCCCAAGGUCCGCGCGACGGCCCAGCGCCUCGUCGCAUCCGGCUCGGACGACUACUGCUACAUCUCCUUCCUCAACAGCGCCGGCAGCCUCGAGGUUGUCGACGACGACAUACCCCAGGGCCAGACGCUGAUCCAGCGCAUCCACGACCAGAGCAAGUUCGACGCCCGCAAGCAGUACUUCCUCCUCAAGCUGGCGGCCUGGUACGCCAUUCGAGGCGUGGCGGAACGCGCCGAUGGGGGCGGCGACGUGACCAAGACGCGGGUCAUUGUCAAUGCCACCUGCCCGGGCAUGUGCAAGACCAACAUGGUGCGCAACGCAUCUUUCCUCCAGCAGAUGAUGAUGUCCAUGACGUGGGCUGUCUUUGGCCGGUCUGCCGAGGAGGGUGCCAGGACGCUGGUGGGCGCCACGGGCCAAGGCCCAGAGGUGCACAAGAGAAUGUGGACGAAUGACAAGAUUGCCCCGCUGAGCGCCUUGAUGCAGAGCGAGCGGGAUAAGGAACUGUUUCAACAGACUUGGGAUGAGACGUUGGCUGUCCUUCGUAAAUACGUCAAGUCGGACUUGAUUUAA